CUACUCGUGACUCGUCAAUUCGAUGUAAUUCCGAGCGGUCGUGUAUCUACAGGGCUCAUUGUAGUUCUCACGAAAGCCCUAAAGUGUUCCCAUUCAAAUGUAGCCCAUUCGUAUUGCUUAACUAAAGCAUUACCUGUACUUAGAGAGAAAAUAAAUGAACACAUCAGUUACGGUCUAAAUCUGUGAUCGACCGUCGCCGCCAGCUAGCAGCAGUCUUAUCCCGAUGGGUUGAGUACGCCGACUUUCUGUGUUUGUGGUCACACCACCAACGCUGGUUAAAAAGAAAAGUAGAUUAGUGUGGAAAAGCACAAAAUACAUCGCAACAAUAUCAAAUGCGGGUGCCGCAUACAUUUUGUAGAGAGACAAAAUCUGAAAACGCCUUAUAACAUCUUUAAUGGUCGCUCUCCCACUGGAGAAAGUUAUUUACACCAACUGUCACUUCAUUAUUAUUAAAUUUCUUAAUAUCUUCUUUAUUUUAUAAUAUAUACAUUAAAAAUGGCGAAAAUACUGAAAGUGGUUGGCGCCUCCUGGCUGCAAACCAAAAUUAGUUCUUAUAUUCUUGGAUUUCUUGGAAUCCUCGCGAUAUUGGCGCUUUUUGCUGGACAUAUUGAGAGAAUUCAAGAAGAUGGCAACUACACAGCUACUGUAUUUUAUUCAGAGAAAACCGGAUAUAGUAUUGAAUUUUGGGGGCAAAGUAACGAUUUAAAUAAUAUACCUAGAGGAGUGGCCCGAGCAUAUUUUAGGCCCGAAAUCGAUAGUACUGGUUGGUCCCUACUCGAAGUGGAAACCAACGGUUCGUACCCUGACGAGAUCCAAGCAUAUGCAGCAGGCAUUGUAGAAGGUGCGUUGACCUGGUACUCCAUCCAUGUUCACCUGGAGAACACCAUUCGUGCGAAGUGUGAAGACCGACCAAUAGAGAAGCAGUGUGACAAACUAAGAGAUGCCUUGGACAAGUCUGCCAACAUCUGGAAAAGUUAUGCUGCAGAUCGAGCUGCUACAGAUCCAUAUUGGCAUCAUGUAUCAUUAUACUACACACAAAUUAGGGGCGUCUUCACUGGCUGGAAGCACGGCGUCGAGAGGAACCAAAAUGAAUAUGAAACAGAUAUAUCAGAUCUUUACUGGUUGAACUCGGUGUCAGAAGUUGCAGAAAUUCAACAAAAACUCAAUAUAACACUAGAAGAACCAAACAUCAAUAAGCUGCCUGGCUUAUCUAGUGCUUUUAUAAGAAUAGCCAAUGAUACUGAUGAUGAAAGCGUCAAGAAACUUUUUAUAGCUCAAAAUGCGGCUGGGAGCUAUUCAUCAAUGACCCGAAUAAUGAAGAGGUACAAAUUAAACUAUCAAAGCAUGACCAAAGACAACAAAGCCGGGUUAACCAUAGACUUCUCAAGCUACCCAGGAUCUAUCACCAGCCAGGAUGAGUUCUACGUCAUUAAGGGGACGAAUCACAGACUAUCAAUCGCCGGUACGACGAUCAAGAAUUACAAUAACAAGCUGUGGAAGGAUGUAAACAUUACAGAACAAUUGCCUCUUGGUCCUCGGGUCUCAGCAGCAAAUCACCUUGCAACAAACGUCAGUUCCUGGAGUCAUAUGCUGGCUUCCAGCAACUCAGGCACUGGCUGCAAACAAUGGCUGGUCGUUGACCAUGAUAGAUUUGACAAUUUGCAUAGACAAGAACCCAUAGAGCACCAAGAUCAAACGGAGGUCGUCACAGAGAUUGUUAGCAAUGACACAAGGCACAUAGUCCUUCACCGGCCCGGUAAGGGACACACGAAGGGACUCGUCUGGCUGAUCGAACAAGUGCCCGGACGCACGCAUUCCGCUGAUCUCUCUGACGCGCUGUUAGAGAGGACGUACUUGGCUACGUAUGGGUUGCCGCAUUUUAAAGACAUCGCAGAAACAACACAACUAUCAAAGAUGGAAGAACUCUACGGAAACAUGUUCUCAGAAUCAGAGUCACACAGAGCAGUGAUCUUCAAACGAGGGUUCAAAAACGCUACGUCUUUAGAAAGUAUCCUGAAAUUGAUGCGAAUGAACAAUAUUACAUCUAAAAGUGACAAUUGUGAUGAGAAAUGUCUUUACGAGUUUGGAUAUUCUGUGCCCGGAGUCAGGGGAGACUUUUUCAAGCAAUCGUAUGGAAUCAUUGACACGAAAGUUGUUACUGGUAACACUAAGAACGGUACAUUAGAAUUCAUCGCCAUAUCCGGUCCACCCUUCACCGAACCAAACAGCACUCAAGUACCCGUCAACAAGGGAAACAUCGCCUCCAUAUACACCGACAAGUUUGAUGACGUAUCAGUCCUUAACGGGAUAGAAAUAAGGAACUUGGUUAAGCAAAGGCGUCAAGAGGAAGAAGAGGAAAACUUGAAAAUCCUUAAUAAAGAUGUUAUAAAACCUUUCCAAUGGUCCCAAAGCGAUUUUGAAAAUGAUCCCCACGAAGGUUUACCCGAUGUUUGGAAUUUCGGAACAUUUACUCCCAAUUGGUCCUGGUGAUUUAAUCAGUACUCAGAGUCGGUCAUUACAGAGUUUGAGCCGUUUAAAGAUUUUUAUUUAUUUAUUAAAAAAAAAAAUCAACAACGCGGCUCUAUGUUAGUCAAAUUUUAAUAUAUUUUGUAAAAAAAUUAAUCUAUCAUUAGAUUAUUUAAUAGACUCUGAGUACAGUUAAUUAUUUAAUAAAUAUCCGUCCUAGUCCCGUAAUAAAGCCGUUUAAAUCCUUUUUAGCCAUUGACAUUAUU